AUGUUUGAAAUAGUUUUUAUUUUAGUUGUUCAUGAAAAGUGUUGGCAUCUUAUGAAUUAUUUUCGUACAUUAAAUUUGUAUAAGAAGACUGGUGAUCAACAUUCUGAAGAUCAGUUAGAACAACGUUCUCGAAUAGCCACUCGUGUUUAUCUUCUACUCUUUCUCAUUUCUCUUCUGAUUGUUAUCAUCUUCACCACUUUCACCUCUCAUAUUAACUUUAUCACAGUAUCAUUACAAGAUCAAUUUCAUCGCCUUCAAACUCAAUAUUCAUCAACACUUUCAUGUCCAUGUUCACAAAUUCGAAUUUCGUAUUCGAAAUUCGUGACGAUUGAAGUGAAUGAAUAUCAUCAAAUAUGUUCAAGUGAUUUCAUUUCAACUGAUUUCAUCACGAUGCUUUGGAGUUCGAGAUUAUUAAAAUAUUACAUUAUAACUACGGAUGGUAAAAUCUUAAGUACACAAUUUCGUCUUUUAUCCGCAUUGUGUUUACUUGCAAAAGAUAUGAUUGAACAACAACUACAGAAUUUAUAUUCUCAAGAAUUGAUCACUUUUGAAACUUUGUCAAAAACAUCAUUUGAAGAGCAAGUUGAGUCGAUUAUUGACACUUUCAUUGUUCAAUCACUAACGAGUUUUCGAAGAACACAUCAAUUUAUCAUUGACAUGCUUCAAGGAAAUCAACUACAGAACAUAUUUUUGACCAAUUGGGAUUUAGGAAGUCCAACAGUAGAUAAUUCGUAUCGAAUAGGAGGAAAUCCGAUAGUAGUCAAUGAAAGUGGAGUGUUGUGUUCAUGUGAUACUCAAUCAACAUGUACACGAUCUCGUUUAAUCAAUGUAUCAAAACAACGAAUAUUCUCGGGUCUUGUUAUUGGUUGUUUACCUACUUUUGGUCUUCGAUUAUCAACACUUGAAUGCUUUUAUCAACAAACAUGUUUAACGAGCUUAUCUUAUUUUUUCAACAGUUCCUACCUUCCCUCUCCGUUGAAUAGUUCAAUCAAAAGUCGUUUUACCCCGAUUUCUUCAAUAACUAUUGGUACAAUGAUUGAUGAAUUAUUCAUUGAAUCUUGGCAACAUGCAAAAAAUUAUUCGAACUAUUAUUCGAUAUGUUCACCAUCGAUGUGUCGAUAUUCUUAUGUGGCAAGAAACAGUGUUGUUUAUUUGUUAACAACUUUUCUUGGUUUAUAUGGUGGAUUAACAGAAGGAUUGAAAAUUAUUGUUUGGCAUAGUUUAUCGUUGUUUUGGAAAGUUCGUGAAUGGAUACGAAAACAUCGAAGUGUUGUCAGACCUAUAAAUGAUACUUGUUGA